UUCCUGCUGCGGUGUGUCACUGAUUUACUUUUAACAUCUUGCAAUACUUUACGAUUUCGCGUAACAAAAGUAAAUGCAGCAUGUUACACUGAAUCAGACGCAAUAUUUAUUAUUGUAGUAUACAGUUAAUAAAUUAUUCACCUAUAUUUAUGAAGUAGCAGUGAUACCUGCCAUUGUAUUAUAACUUUAAUUCAAGUCAAUUUGUCUUGAAAACCAAAGUAACCUCGAAAUGGCGAACCUGCCGGAGAAAAUUCUUCAAGAAUUGUCCACCAAACAGUCCUUAAACACCUUGGAUCUAGCGCAAGUAUUCAAUGAAGACCAUCAGAAAAUAAUCGGUGCUUUGAAGAGUAUCCAAGCUAAUGGAGAACUUGUCAAUGCUGAGGUCAUCAGCAAGACUUCUUUGGAACUCACUUCUGAGGGCACUGAAAUUGCUGAAACAGGAAGUCAUGAAGCAAAAAUCUUUAACUCAAUCCCUGAUGCUGGCAUCAAGCAAGCUGAGCUCAUGAAACUUCCAAAUGCAAAAGUUGGCUUUUCUAAAGCAAUGUCUUCUGGUUGGAUCCAAGUGGACAAGUCAGGUGGUCCACCUUUAGUAAAAAAGAAGGUUGAUAGUAUUGAUGAUGUUGUUAAGACUCACUUAACAGCAAUAAAAUCCGGUCAGUUGUCUAACAUACCUGAUGCAAAACUGCAGGAAUAUAAGAAAAGAAAACUCACCCAACAGGUUGUAGUCAAGAGUUUUGAUUUAACUAAAGGUCCAGAGUUUAGUUUAACCUUGAACAAACUUGAAACUGAUUUAACAUCAGAAAUGUUGCUCUCUGGCAGCUGGAAAAGUCUUAAAUUCAAGGAUUAUAACUUGAAUGCUAAGGGCAGUCAACUGGAUUGUGGAUAUUUACAUCCUUUAUUAAAAGUGCGCUCGGAAUUCAGGCAAAUCUUCCUGGAGAUGGGAUUCGCCGAAAUGCCGACGAAUAAUUUCAUUGAAAAUUCCUUCUGGAACUUCGAUGCGUUGUUCCAGCCUCAACAACAUCCAGCAAGAGACGCGCAUGACACUUUUUUCAUCUCAAAUCCAAGAACUAGUUCUAAAUUCCCUGAAGAGUAUUUAGAGAAAGUGAAAAAUGUGCAUAGCAAAGGAGGAUAUGGUUCAUUGGGUUAUGGAUACGAUUGGAAAAUUGAAGAAGCCGAAAAGAAUCUCCUCCGCACGCACACCACCGCCGUGUCCGCAAGAAUGCUCUACGCACUAGCGCAGGAAAAAGAAUUCAAACCAUCGAAGUUUUUCAGCAUUGACCGCGUGUUCCGUAACGAAACACUCGAUGCCACUCAUCUAGCUGAAUUCCAUCAGGUCGAGGGAGUUAUUGCUGAUUAUAACUUGACGCUCGGUGAUCUUAUCGGCGUAUUCACCGAAUUCUUCAAAAAGUUAGGCAUCACUGAAUUGGAAUUCAAGCCAGCGUUCAAUCCGUACACCGAACCGAGCAUGGAGAUCUUCUGUUUCCAUCCCGGUUUGAAUAAGUGGAUUGAAAUCGGUAAUUCAGGCAUUUUCCGGCCGGAAAUGUUGCUGCCGAUGGGUUUGCCUGAAGAUGUUAAGGUUAUCGCGUGGGGUUUGAGUUUAGAGCGGCCGACAAUGAUUAAAUACGGAUACAAUAACAUUAGGGAUUUGGUUGGACCUAAGGUGGAUCUGCAAAUGAUUCAAAGUAGUCCUGUUUGCAGAUUAGACAAAUAAUUUUAUUCAAAAUGCAUUUACAUUCAUUACUUUGUCAGUGAUAAAUUAACUUAAGAUCUAAGAAUAUCAACAUCCUUAUUGGAAUGGAGUUGUUUGCUUGGCUGGAACUGAAAAGUAAUUUCUUUCUUUGCAUUUGCUGUUUUCAAUAUUAUAAAAUGACACUACUUA